AAUAAAUGAAAUGGAGAAUAUGUUAAACAUGCUUAGAGUUUGAAAAUAUGUUUAAAAGAAACAAUUGUCUGUGGCAAUGUCAUUUGUGCUCCCAAAAACUGGGAAGAUUUUAUUAUAUAAAUUAUAUUUACUAAAAUACGAGUUUUAACGUGUAACAAUUUUCUUUACUUACACGAAAUGCAAGUCGAAAAAAUUUUUCAAUUCAAAGACGACAAAAAACGCCUCAGUGUUAAAAUUCUUGAGGUGGUGGAUCCUCAAUAUGGCUUAUUUACUUGGCCCAGUGCUAUUGUUCUUGCACAGUAUGUGUGGUUCUACCGUGAGAAACUACAAGACAAGUCAGUUAUAGAGCUCGGGUGUGGAACUGCCCUUCCAGGUGUUCUUGCUGCUCUUUGCGACGCCAAUGUCACUCUAACGGAUGGAGAACAGUUCGAAAAUUGUCUGAAAAACGCCCGAAAGAUCUGUGAGAUAAAUGGCUUGGGUGAUAAUGUCAAUACGUCGCCGCUAACAUGGGGAUCGUUCUCCAAGACUUUAUUGGAGAUGCCAAAAUUUGACUUCAUACUCGGAUCUGAUUGUUUUUACGACCCUAAAGAUUUCGAUGCCAUUUUAUGCACCGUAGCCUUUUUACUUGAUCGAAAUCCAACAGGUGAAUUUUGGAGUACAUACCAAGAAAGGAGUGCCGAUUGGUCUAUUGAACUUCUAUUGCAAAAAUGGAACUUGGUAUGUAGGCAUGUACCAUUCUCUUCGUUUUCGAGAGAUUUUAUGAAUGUCGAGAAAACAAGCGGAAGUCUUACCAGUGUCCAAAUGUUGGUCAUUUGCCAUUAUGAUUGCGCAAGCAGUGAUCGCUCUUUUAAGUAAAUUUCAAUUUGGUAAAUUUCUAUUUCUUUUUUUAACCCACUUUAAAGAUUCUCCAUCGCAGUAAUCAGACGAUGUAUACGACAGUUAAGGUUAUUUACGGGGACGAUGAAAAUUUGUUUAAACAUGAAUAAUUACAUGACGCAGGUUGCAAGUUACGUUUUUAUCAGUAUCAACUUACCCCAGGAUGGGUUUGUGAUUUUCGGGAUUUAGCGGGUAACGUGUCCUACUAAUAUUACCAAACGUAUGUUGAACAUAUCAACUCAUCAUUUACUUGUUAAAUUGAACACCGCUGACCUUCCAGAUGCUAACCGUAUUUUACUUUGAGAGAUGAAGUUCUUAUUAGUUAUUCCAUACUUGUAACUUAUAGAGUGUAUUGAAACAUUAUUUUUUGCUUCGCU